AUGGCUAAUCUCACCAUGAGUGGGUUUGUUCUCAUGGGGUUUUCUGUCAACUCUGAGCUAGAAAAUAUAUUUGCAUUUUUGUUUUCAGUCCUCUACUUGUUGUCUUUAACUGGCAACAUCCUCAUCAUCACCGUCAUUUCCAUGGAUCAGAGUCUCAACACCCCCAUGUACUUUUUCCUGAAGCAUCUCUCCUUCUUGGAUCUCUGCUAUAUUUCUGUGACUGUACCGAGAUACCUUUAUAACUCUAUUAUGCAGAGUGGAAAUAUUUCCCUCUGGGAAUGCAUAUUACAGUGCUUUGCUUUCACUGUCUGUGGCUGUACUGAGCUAGCCAUGCUCACACUGAUGUCCUAUGACCGCUACGUGGUCAUCUGCCUCCCACUGCGCUAUGACAUCAUCAUGGAUGUCAGAACCUGCAUCCAUGGAGUUGUUGGAGAUUGGAUCAGUGGAAUAAUUGGUGGAGCCAUGCACACAGCAGGUACUUUCUCCAUUCGCUUCUGUGGCCCCCGUAUCAUCCAACAAUUCUUUUGUGAUGUCCCCCAGAUCCUGAAACUCUCCUGCGCCAAUGACUAUCUUGCUGAGGUUGGUGUGACUAUCUUCCUCUCUUUGGCCUCAUUUCUCUGCAUCAUCUUUAUUGGGUUCUCUUAUGUGCACAUAUUUUCCUCUGUGCUGAGGAUGCCAUCUGCAGAGGGCAGAGACAAGGCCUUUUCCACUUGCCUCCCCCACCUUGCUGUUGUUAUAUUGGACAUGUCUACAGGUAUCUUUGAGUAUUUAAAGCCUCAUACUGAUUCUCCGACUGCGUUGGACAUGUUUCUUACUAUUAUGUAUACAGUAGUUCCCCCAACUUUCAAUCCAAUUAUCUAUAGUCUAAGAAAUAAAGCUAUAAAGUCAGCUGUAAGAAAGAUUUUUCAGGGGUCGGAGAGAUAG